ACAUUGAGCCAUUACUCUUUGUAAAGAAGAAACCAAAAGUACUUCGUAAAAAUGAUUAAACAAUUUUUCUUCAUUGCAUUUUUUGCAUUGAUAACGUAUUGUUAUUCACAAUACACGUCGUCAGGGCAGUGUUCAGACAGAACAAACGUUAAGGCCGUAGACAAUUUCGAUUUUGCGAGGUACGGAGAGACUGGCAGAAGAUGGUACACCGUUUUCACAUACAACACCCCGGCCGAUUGCCAAUUUGUGAAUUUCACCAUAACAUCAAACAUAACCGUCGAUUUCUUUUGGAGACGAAAGAAUUUAACUGAUGGUACAUGGAAUGGUAGGUCUGAUGGUGUGGUUACGUGGACACCCGAUAGUGGUACACGUAACGGGAUUAUAAGUCUAAGAUACCCCAACGUUCCCGACCCAUUGAUAUAUCCAAUUCUUGGAGUCGAUUAUGAUUCGUUCGUCCUGGACUACAGAUGCCUCGAUAUAAAUAGUACAAGCAAAAUGGAAUUAAUAUGGGCCAGGAGCAGGACAACGGUUUAUUCAUCAGAAGUAGCAGCUCAAGUACAGCAAAUCCUUAGUGAUAGCGGUCUCUCCGAUUUAGCACCGACAUAUGCCGUACAGGACCCAGAACGCUGCUUACCAUACCCAUAGAAUUUGUAAAAUUUAUAUGAUAUUUUUGAAAUUUGUAUGAAAUUAAUCAACAUUAAAUUUAUUAGCAUGUGAA